CUAACAUUGAGGUCGCACGACGGCAACGACGAUGGCACAACGCAGGCCGCGAAGUCCACCAGGUUCGUCCAGUUACCCGGUCAACAGGAUGAUCAGCUCCCUUCUCCCGGCGUCCCCAUGCAGCGCUGACAUGAACACGUCUACGUCGUACAUGAGCGACGACAUGACGACAAGCCGCAACAACCAUUCCCUGGCGAUGGACACCAAGGACCAGGCGGUGUCAAGACCACGGUCACCUGCAUCAAAGCGGCGCAUCCACGAGGCAGAAACGGUCAAGGCGGAAUCGACUGACCGUGUAUGGAAACUCACGGACUUUGAAAUCGGGCGGCCGUUGGGUCGCGGCAAGUUUGGCAACGUGUACUUGGCCCGCGAAAAGGAAUCCAAGUACGUUGUAGCGCUCAAGGUGCUGCAAAAGUACCAGCUCCGGAAAGCCAACGUCGAGCACCAGCUCCGUCGAGAGAUCGAGAUUCAAUCCGAUUUGAACCAUCCCAAUAUUCUCCGACUGUUUGGUUACUUUUACGACGACAAGCGCAUCUACCUCAUCAUUGAAUACGCCCCCCAAGGAGAACUGUACCAAAAGCUUAUAGAGGUUGGCCGAUUCAGCGAAUCUGUCGCUGCGAAUUACGUGUCCCAGAUUGCCAACGGGCUGCUCUACAUGCACCAGCGUCACAUCAUCCAUCGCGACCUCAAGCCGGAGAACCUGCUCUUGGGCUACAAUUACAAUGGCGAACUCACAAAACUCGCAGGGAGAGCUCAAACUAGCCGAUUUCGGGUGGUCUGUCGCUUCGCACAACGUGCGCCGCCGAACUCUGUGCGGCACCUUGGACUAUUUGUCCCCCGAGAUGGUGGAGAAUCAGCCGCAUGACGAACGGGUAGACGUCUGGACGUUGGGCGUCCUCAUGUACGAGCUGUUGGUUGGCACCCCGCCGUUCGAAGCGAACGACACGCCAUCCACGUACGCCCGCAUUCGCGCCGUCAACUUGCAGUAUCCGCCGCAUGUGUCGAUCAAGGCGAGGGACCUCCUGGGGCGCAUCUUGCGCAAAGAUCCUGCCCAUCGAUUGCCGCUCGAGCUGAUCGUGACCCAUCCAUGGAUCACGUCCCACGUCAAAAUCGCGUCCGUGUAACAUUCGUAUUUAUCAUGCCACAACAGGAGUCCAUUCCAUCGAUGUCGAGUCGUCCUUCAUUGCCGCCAUCUCGACUUGCAUCUGAUGCUGUGUGACCGCCACGCCAGCCUUCCAUUCAUGAAUCGCCUGUUCCAAGCGCGCGAGGCGCUUGCUUGUUUCGGUCGCGGAGUCGUCAAACUGUGCAACGAGGCGCGCCUUGGCAUUCAAAGGGUGGUCACCACGCGGGACGACUGAAGCGUGCGUCAUGUGGGCCUCCAUGGCACCCUUCAUGCCAAGGACCUAAAUGGAUCGCCAUGAACAAAAACGCUAUCGU